AUGUCAGGUCCUAUUAUACAUGCCAAGUUUGACUCAAGUAACAGAUACUUAGCUUCGAUCCUUGUGUCACUCGACACACACCAAAUCCAAGUCCAGUCCGUUUCCCCUUCGUCAUCGUCACUUAAUGCGUCACUCAACCUAGAUAAACUGAACAAAGUCACAAACAUCAGUUGGAUUGAUACUGAUGACAAAAAUACAGUGCAACUCCUUGCUGUGUGUUUAUCUCGUGGAAGUAUAUUAAUUUAUUCACCGCAGACCAAUGACAUUGUGGAAGAACUCUCAACUAAAGCCAAUGUUACCGUACUCGAUUUCCAUUAUAGCUCUGUGACUCGUACCGCUUGGUCCAGUGAUGUUGAUGGAAACAUACAUGAAUGGGAUAUGGUUCUGUACCUGCUCUUGCAACUGUUUAAAGUAGGCGAAAUUAUCGAGUCCGUUGAUGCAGUAUAUCAAAUUCUGAGUUGCAUAUACGACAAAGAAGCAUGCUUAUUGCUCGGUGCAAACUCCAUAUAUGUGUACAAUUUGAAAAACAAAGAGGUGAUGAAAACAUACCCGGGACACAUUCAACCGAUUUCAACAAUCACUAUGGUCAAGGGAACCAAUCUGUUCCUCACUAGUGCUAAAGGUGAUCGAUUUAUCAAUCUUUAUUCCUUAGAAAAAGUCACUACAAAGGCGAUAUUUGUUGCCUCGGCAUCAGUCACCAGUCUUGCUAUUGGAUAUUCUGCAAACAGCGAUGAAGCAAAGAGAGCAUCGAUACUUACUGCGAUUAAUGAAAAUGGAAACCUCGAAGUAUUCAACGACUUUCUUGCGGAAACACCUUCGUCGUCGUCGUCGUCGUUAUCUUCUUCUUCUUCUUCUUCAUCAGGGUCGCAAGGACAUAUUCCAAAGAAAAAGAGGAGACAAGCUGGAGGUGUGAGCUCGAGACCAAGUAACUCUACCAUUAAAUUAUCACGUUCAGAGGAGGAGAUAAAAAACCCACACGAUGCAAACUUAAUUAUUAAUGCGGUGAGCAUACGGGACGAGUCAGUUUUGUAUACAUGGUUAGAGAAUGCCACUGUAUCGUAUUUUGACACGGUUAAAUGGAUAGAUGAGACGGGGAACAAUUAUUUACUUGACUCAAAUAAGACAAUAAUCAAGCGUAAAGCUAACUUGAAACACUUGCAACCGAGCGGAAGCUACGGCCAUGAUGCCGCAGCUUCCAAAUUGUAUAAUGAAAGCCAUGCAAUUGUUGGUGAUGGUACAAACAUUGGAGAUUUAGAAGGCGAACAUGGUGUUGGCGAUAAUGAUGGAGGGGAAGAUGAGGAAGAACAAGAAGAGGAAAGCAUGGCUGAAAAAUUAGAGAGAUUAGCCAUGAAGAACCAAAAAGCUGGUCCACAAAGAAGGAGGAAAUUGGAAGAUAAUAGAAACGGGAUUUCAUUAUCCGUCAUCUUAUCGCAAUCAUUAACAAACAAUGACCAUACUUUACUUGAAACCGUGUUGCAAACCACCGAUACCCAAACUAUCAAGAACACAAUCUCGAGGUUGAACCCCUACUUAUCAGUUGUAUUGCUUGAUAGAUUGAGUGAAAAGAUUCAACGUCAAGUAUCACGAUUCAGUCAAUUGAAUUAUUGGCUAAAGUGGAUCCUUGUCAUUCAUGGUUCAGUUAUCGCUAGCUUACCAAAUUUGAAUACCAAAUUGUAUGCAUUGCACUCGGUUUUAUCAAAAAAGGCCGAUACAUUACCCAGGUUGCUUGAAUUGAGAGGGAGAUUGAACUUGUUAUAUGAUGGAACUAGCUUGAAGCAAAGUUUGGAUGAGAAGAAUGAGGAAGAAGAGGAAGAAGUAAUCGAUAGCGAUGUUGAGUAUAUCGAGGAUUUAGAUGAUGCUGAGUUUAAUGGGGAAAUUGAAGUUGACGAAGUGCAAGACGAUUAUGUGGAUAGCGAUAUGGAAAUGGAUGAAGAAGAGGAUGUUGGAGUAGAGGAGAGUGAUGGUGCUGGAGCAGAAGACGACGACGACGACGACGACGACGAGGAAGAUGUGGCAUCUCUUGAUGGAUUGGAUAAUCAUAGCGACCUUGAAAUAGAUUAG